UACUCAUUGGUAGCUUUGCAAAAUCUGUCUGUAUAAAUUUGUUUACUUGUUUGUUUUAGUGUAUAAAAAUUGACUUAUAAACUCAGAACGAUCGAAAAGCAUUAAAAAAUAGUAAAAUUACAACUGCCCAGUGAGAAAAGUGAAAUGUAUUUACAAUUACUAAUAGGUCUGCUUGUGGUAUCUUCGAUGCCGGCAAUUGGCGGUCGACCACUGUCUGACACCGUAUACCUUGCGGUGGGCACAUCAAUUGAUAUAACCGCAAACAGCUAUGGGAAAAAUGUGCUGCGUACGUUCUGCUACCCGGGAAAAUCACGUUCACUAUUCAGCUUAUUUGAGACGGUGGAGCUAAUACUCUCCAUAGAUAGUGAUGACUACUCAGAAUAUGGCGGGCGCUCGCCCGACGAAGUACUUAACCACUACAAUGAAAAGCGUUCGCUAUUUAGCCUCACGCUCUUCUCACAAAAGCGCCAAAAUAUUCAGAUGUCUCCAUUUGAGCAGCAGUGCAUCGGCGUUGCCUCUAAUCAGCCAUACAACAUCAGCCUAAGGCACGCAAAUGUAGAUAUGUGGCGCUUGGUUCAGCUGGCCCUUGGCAUGGCACUCUUCUGGAGCGCCAGUCGGUUGGCUAAGAACAACGUCUUCUACUACUUGGCCGGUAUGGUGCUAGGCAUUUGUGCCUCGUUACUAGUAAUCAUUGCUAUCACAGCCAAGCUUUUUCCGCGCCGACCCAUGAUGUACGGCGUUUUAAUCGGUGGAUGGACUAUCGGCCUUUACAUACUCAAACAGCUAUCGGAUAACAUUCGGGUCAUAUUGGUCACCUAUCGCGAGUAUGUGCUCUGGUAUUUGGCGAUUACUGGGCUGGUAUCGUUUCUGGUAUGCUAUCGCAUCGGACCGCCCAAGAAUCCGCGCUCGCAGAACAUUAUCAUGUGGGUGCUACAGGCAGUUGGCGCUGCAAUCGCUUAUUUUAGCAGCUGGCAUACUAGUGCCUGCGUAGUGCUAUUGGUGGUCGCCUUUAUAGCUCAUUAUUGUCCGGAGUCGGUGCAGAAAUACGCACACAGCAUUUAUAGACGCCGUUUUCCACCCAAACGUCGCCUACUUACACAGGAGGAAUACUAUGAACAGGCUGUCAAUGAGACGGCACGCUCUUUGGCUGAACUGCGUGACCAUGUCAAUAGUCCGCACUGCCGUCAAUGGAAUAUUAUAAGCUCCUUACGCGAUCCGAUGCGCUUUGCAUCCUUUGCAAAUGGUGCACCUCAUUUGUAUGAUGAAGAAAUCGAGGAUUACUCGCGGACCAUUGAGGACUCGCUGGAAGGCGCUGACGAGGACGAGGUUGGUGACUAUCUACACUCCAACAUGUACUACCGACCCACAGGAAGGCGCCCCAAUCAACAGCUCACUGCACCCAUGCCGCCCUCAUACCCAGUACAUCCCUUGCCACAGGGCAGACAGCUUAACAACAACCAUGACGACGACGACGAGGACAAUGAUGAAGAUGAUAAUGACGAUGACGAGUUUAUGGAUCAGGAGUAAAUCAAGCCAGACUUAAAUACACAAGACUCAAUAGUUUAUAAAAUUCAGGAAUUUUAGUUACCUAGUCGAGGCCAAAAAACAUUUUUUCUUAGGACCCUUCUUUUUAGCUUGAUGUUAUUUAAAUUAUUGCUAGUGGACCAUGGACCAACAACCAUGACGACGCCGACAACGACGAGGACAGUGAUGAAGAUGACAAUGAUGAGGAGUAUAUGAAUCAUUAGUUAAUCAAGCCAGACUUAAAUACAGAUGACUCAAUUGUUUAUAAAAUUCAGGAUGUUUAGUUACCUAGUCGACGCCAAAAAAUAUGUUUCCUUAGAACCCUUUUUAAAUUAUUGCUAGUGGAUGAUGAAGUGUAUAUAUACAUAAUUAUAAUUUAUAAUCCAUAUAUACCUAGAGAAGAUCAAAGAUACGUCAAUACAUAAAUCAACCCUUCACUGCACAGCCAAACAUCACCACGACAACAGACGAUGAAUAGGAGUAAGUUUUGGCAGACUUAAAUACACAAAAAACUAGUUAAUAAAAUUCAGAAAGUUCAGUUAGCUAACCGAUGCCAAAAGAAAUUUUCCUUUAAAAAUUAUUUCUUAACUUAAAUUAUAUAAAUUGAUUGCCUCGCAAAAUCCUUUACAUUAGUUUAUAACCUUAGGUCUGACAGUGAAAUUACAACAACGGCAACUACAGAAAAUGACGAUGAACAGGAGUAAAUUUAGGCAUACUUUAAAACAUAAGACCUAAUAGUUUAUAGAAUUCAGGAAGUUUAGUUACUUAGUCGAAGACAAAAUAUAUUUUCCUUUAGAACUAUUUUUGUAGUUUGAUGCUACUUGAAUUAUAGUUUGUGGGUGGAGUGUACAUAGAUAUUUUUAAUUAUAUUAAUUAUACAUUUUGGAAGCAUCAAGUCCUAUAAAUCAACUUUUCACUGCCCUCAGCCCAAACAGUCAAUACGUUACUUGCCUCAGCACAGACUGCAACACUACAAGCGCGAAAACAGACGAUGGCGAAGUAAUGAAUACCAUUCGACUCCCUAAUUAAUAAAAUUCUGAUUUCAGUUGCAAGCUUAACAUAAGUUUCCCUAAAAACC